AUGUUCAACGGACCCACGUACAACCACAACUACUACCUCUGGGGAACUCCGCCCGCCUACUGGUCGCCCUUGCCGGCCGCGCCAAUCUACUAUCCUCCGGUCGUCGCCGCGCGACCUGUACCGACAUAUACCCGCCCCUCCCCCGUGGCAUCUCCUCAAGUGAUCAAUCAGUACUUCGAAGGACCAGUGGAGAACCACUUCUACGAGAGCUCUGCGGCAGCUCCUAUGUACGCUCCGCCGGCACCGAAGUAUCCGGUCUACAUUCCCCCACGCAGGCCUAAGACUCCCAGGAUCUCGCCAGCUCUGGUAGCGCUCCCUCUACCGGCCCCAUCCGUCUACAACCUCAGCCCCAACACUCAGGCGAUCAUGGGCACGCCCUAUACUGGCGUCAACAUCUGCAACGGAUGCGAUGGGAGGCAGUACUGCGCUCUACACAACCCUUGGGCUUCCCCUGCGAGGAUCCCCGCCGACGAUGAGGACGAUGACGGCGGAGUCUUGCUCACGCCCGGGAUUUACUGCGUACCCUCCCCGUGGAUGACGCCGCGUACGCCCGCGAGGAAGAUGGGUCGGCAGUACUAG